UAGGAGCCAAAAGAGGGACAACAACCCAAUUCCUAUUAUCUUCCCGCCCAAACUCUCAACAUCAAAACCCUAGCGCCUCGCACUCUCCCACACACCGCAAUCGCGUCGCCAAAAUCGAUCAUAACCUUCGUUCUCUGUUGCUGUCAACGCCACGCUGUGGUUUCGUUGUUACAGUUUAAAGGCUUUGUGAUGAUAUGAUCUACGGCAGCUGUAUCACAGCUUCUAAGUCACUGAUUUUCAGAGCAUUAGUGUUGCAGAAGUCAUUGAAUUCUCAAGUAAAAUUCUCCUCCAAGUGGUCUCCUAAGAAGGUAAGAAUGGAAAGUAAUCUUAAUGGUUGCAUAGAGGGAAGCAAAAAGGAGUCUAGGGGUGCCUUGAUUGUCAUAGAAGGCUUGGAUCGUUCUGGGAAGACUUCUCAGUGUAGCAGACUAGUGCCCUUCUUGGAGGGACAAGGGGUCUCCGCUGAAUUAUGGAGAUUUCCUGACAGAACUACAAAUGUUGGGCAAACGAUAUCUGCCUAUCUUACUAACACAUCUCAAUUGGAUGAUCAUACUAUUCAUCUCCUCUUCAGUGCUAAUCGUUGGGAAAAGAGGUCAUUGAUGGAAACAAAACUGAAAACCGGAACAACCCUCAUUGUUGACCGUUAUUCUUAUUCUGGGGUAGCUUUCUCAUCUGCCAAGGGACUUGAUAUUGAAUGGUGUAAGGCUCCAGAGAUUGGGUUGCUGGCACCAGAUGUAGUAAUAUACCUUGGCAUAUCUCCAGAGAAAGCUGCAGAAAGAGGGGGGUAUGGAGGUGAGAGAUAUGAAAAGCUGGAGUUUCAGAAGAAAGUUGCUGAUUGUUACAAAGUUCUUCGUGAUGACUCCUGGAAGGUUGUUGAUGCUUGCCAAUCCAUAGAAGAUGUGGAGAAACAAUUGCAAGAGAUUGUAACUGAUUGUGUCGCAGAAUGCCGGAAGGGGAAGCCCCUUUCCACCUUGUGGUCGAGGCAAACACACCUUGAAAAGGAUGUCAUAUGAACAAAUUUGCCCGAUAUAUAUUUAGAACACUAAAACCCAUUUGUGUGUGUGUAAUUCUGAUUGCUAUUUUCCUACAUAUUAUAAUCACAAAUUAAUUUGUUUGCCACGCAAUUUGAAGAAAGAAUGAGAAUUUUUUAUCCGACAAGUGUUAUGCAGCA